AUGAGCUCCAACUCGCCGCUGAACGUCCGGAUCGUCUCGGAUUCGGAGGCCUCUCAUGCUGCUAUGCCAGAACUGAACCAGGUAUCACUGAAUGAUCGGCUUUGGAAUCAUCAUAUCAAGCCGCGUGGUGCAGGGCGUACGAAGAAGAAGGAGGACAGCAAGGACUUCAGCGACGUGGACACACUGGUAGACGUUGCUUCGGUCUCGGAUAAGAAGGACAAGGAAUAUGGCACGGCCGAGAAAUCGCGGUUCAGCAGGGUAUGGCGGAAAUAA